AUGACAGUGGACAAGAAAAUGCAGAGCAACCCUGCUGUUCAAAUUCCUCAUCAUGAGAGAGAAAGCAACCUCUUACAAGGUGAUGGCAACUACCUGUCUGAUGGGGAGAACAUCUCUUUUCCGGGUCCUCUGAUGAGCAGUAAGAUCCAGAUGGAGGACGUGAUGCGUUUUAUCCAGAGGAAAUCCCAGGAGUGCCUACAAAAGGUGGAGGAACCUGACCAGAAGGAGACCUAUUUCUUCUGGAAGGUGAUGGAGCUGCGUUGCAGCAAAAAUGGAAAAGCAGAGCUGGCAGAUGCUGCAACUGUCCUUUUCAAGAACUACAGGCUUCUGAAGAAAAGGAGAGCGGUUAAGAACCAAGAUAGCUGGUGUCUUUCUCUGGCGAAACUUUUGUGCUCUGCCGACCCAGAAGACGAGAUAUUGGAUGCUCUGAUUCAAAUGGGACAGGACCUUGACUCCAGAGGACUGACCUAUGCUGCACAGCUGUGCUACGUAGCUGCAACGGAGGAGUUGCAGAUUUUACAGAGCCCCAGCUUUGAGCUCAUUGGCUGUAACAGUCUGCCAAUCAGGCAAUCAGCCAUAAGGGAAGCAAUUGAACGAAUGGAGGUGUAUGAAUACAUAUGCUCGCUGACCACAGGGCUUCCCCAGCCAAAUUUCCAAAUCUUCAAGUGCUAUCACGCCAGUAGGUUAGCCGAGCUCGGCCUUUUCGACCAAGCCCUCGAGUACUGCGAGGCCAUCGCUACAGCAAUUGCUACUUUACCACGGCAAAUCACCAAGACCACAAUGAAAAUGACCAUUGCGCUGUCUGAGAAGCUACACCAAGGGAAGGAAGAAGAACCGGAGUGGCUGGUAAACCUUCGUCAGCUGUACGCGGACGGAGUGUAUAAGCUGAAGAACUCCGGACGUGGCCUCAUGACUAGUGAGAUGUUCAGUCUCCAGCGUCCACGUCAGGAAGGCCACAUUACACCAUGGGAGGUGUUUGAGUCCCUGUACACUCCGGGAGAGCUGCUGGGUGAAGGAGGCUUCGGGAGCGUCUGUGCAGGAGUCCGUAAUGCUGACGGAAAACAGGUUGCCAUUAAAUACGUGGGGAAGGAAAUGAAUGAAGCUUUCAUCACCAUUCCUGGAGAGACAAACAGCCUUCCUCUGGAAGUUGCUUUAAUGCAAAUGGUGUCCAAGCCAUAUUGCCAUGAAAAUGUCUUGGAGCUGAUCGAGUGGUUCGAGAUGUCGGACUGCUUCAUCUUGAUCCUGGAGAGACCAAUCCCCUGCACAGACCUCCGAAAAUUCCUAAAAGGUCACAAAGGGCGACUGUCUGAAUCACUGGCAAAACACAUCAUGCGUCAGGUGGUUCAGGCCGCUCGCCACUGCUCUGAAUGUGGUGUCCUGCACCGUGACAUCAAGCCGGAGAAUAUUCUCAUCAACACCGACACACACCAGCUGAAGCUGAUAGACUUUGGCUGUGGUGAUUUGCUGCAGGACACCCCCUACAGAUAUUAUGCAGGAACUAGAGCUUACUUCCCACCUGAGUGGAUAUGUGAGGGCGAGUAUAUGGGUGAUCAUGCUACCGUCUGGAGUCUGGGAGUUCUACUGUUUGACAUGGUAUGUGGAGAACUGCCCUUCUGGUGCGAGAAGGACAUCGUUGCCCGGGACUUGCACUUUGCUAACGACCUGUCCGAAGGUUGCCGUGACCUGAUCCAGUGGUGUCUGGAGCUAUAUCCUCACUGGCGCCCAACGUACGAGCAAAUCCUCAGCCACCAGUGGUUUGAGGAACCUAAGAAGAAUGUCAAGAACCUGUGUCCUCUUCCUGAGAACAUCAUCACGCCAUGGGAGGUGUUUGAGUCGUUGUACACCCCGGGAGAGAUGCUGGGUGAAGGAGGCUUCGGGACAGUCCGUGCGGGAAUCCGUAAUGCUGAUGGCAAGCAGGUCAUUAGACUGUGCAUGACAUCUACAGUCCAUUUGCACUUAGUAACCAUUGUUAAGCGUUUGAAAAAUGAUCGAUUAUUUCAGCCUGGAGAAACAAGCAGCCUUCCCCUGGAAGUUGCACUAAUGAAAAAGGUCUCCAAGCCGCUUCCUUGUGACAAUGUGCUGGAGUUGAUUGAAUGGUUCGAGAUGUCCGAUUGCUACAUCUUGGUCCUGGAGCGACCCAGCCCAUGCAUGGACCUCCAGCAGUUCCUUAAACAUCACGACGGCAGAUUGUCAGAAGCACUGGCUCAGAAAAUCAUGAGCCAGGUGGUUAAAGCCGCUUGUCACUGUUGUCAAGCCGGUGUUUUCCAUGGUGACAUCAAGGCGGAGAACCUUCUCAUCAACCCUGACACGCUGGAUGUGAAGUUAAUCGACUUUGGCUGUGGAGCUCUGCUCUCUGACACGCCCUACACAGAAUAUGAAGGAACUUGGAGUAUCUCUCCACCUGAGUGGGUGUGCGAUGGAGAGUAUUUCGGAUAUCCUGCCACCAUUUGGAGUCUGGGAGUUCUCCUUUUUUACCUGGUCUGCGGACACAUGCCCUUCCAUAAUGAGGAUGACAUCUUUUACAGGAAGAUGUACUUCGCUCCCGGCGUGUCUGAAGGUGAGGAAAUGUAG